AUGACCGCGAUGGAGGAGUCACCAAGCUCAGCUGCGCAAACCGCGCCUGUCACUGAGAAUGGACCUUCCGAUCCUUCCAAGCAACAACAGCCGGAGCAACAAGAGAAUCACGAAAACCCGCAAAAACCGAAUCCCAAUGCCACCCCCAGUGCCCGAUCACAGAUUCCCCGGCGCGAUAGAUUCAACCAUCAGUCUUUGGGGCCCUCGUUGAACUCUACCGUGAAGCAGGCGCGCGUGCUCAUGGUUGGUGCUGGCGGAAUUGGAUGCGAACUUCUGAAAAACCUCGUCCUUAGCGGCUUUGGCGAAAUCCACAUCGUCGACCUAGAUACAAUCGAUCUUUCGAACCUGAACCGACAGUUCUUGUUCAGGCAAGAGCAUAUAAAGAAGUCUAAGGCCUUGGUUGCCAAGGACGCAGCGCAAAAGUUCAACCCCAAUGUUCAGAUUGUCGCGCACCAUGCGAAUAUCAAGGAUGCGCAAUUCACAGUCUCUUGGUUUCGGGAUUUCAAAUUAGUCUUCAACGCCCUGGACAAUCUUGAAGCGAGAAGACAUGUCAAUAAAAUGUGUCUGGCGGCGGAUAUUCCUUUAAUUGAGAGUGGCACCACAGGAUUCAAUGGCCAGGUCCAAGUGAUCAAGAAGGGCGUUACUGCCUGCUAUGAUUGCACACCAAAAGAAACGCCCAAGUCAUUCCCUGUUUGUACGAUUCGGAGUACCCCCAGCCAGCCCAUCCAUUGCAUCGUAUGGGGCAAAAGCUACCUACUGAAUGAAAUGUUUGCGCAUGAAAUUGAGGAACUCAAGAAAGAAUCAGAUGCUCUAAAGAAAAUCCGCAAUGCUGUUGGUGCGCCCGACUUCCCGAAAUUACUAUUCGAAAAGGUUUUUGAUGCCGAUAUUGAGCGACUGCGCUCAGUCGAAGAUAUGUGGAAAUCAAAGCGCGCCCCUGAGCCUCUUAGAUACGAGAAGCUUCUGAUUAAAACGAAUGAGUUGGACGGGUCGAAGGAUUCCAUUCUUGCUGAUGGCCAAAAAGUUUGGUCUCUAGAGGAAAACUUAGUCGUGUUCAAAGAUAGCCUCGAGAGGCUAAGCAAACGUAUCAUUGAACUGAAGAAGACUAAAGAUGCUGCCGCUCCGGACCCCGUCAUUGUUUUCGACAAGGAUGAUGACGAUACGCUUGACUUUGUAGCCUCAAGCGCUAAUAUACGGUCCACAAUCUUUGGUAUCGAACGGAAGUCUAGAUUCGAUAUCAAACAGAUGGCUGGAAAUAUCAUCCCGGCAAUUGCUACCACUAACGCCAUCGUCGCUGGUCUAUGUGUGUUGCAAUCUUACAAAGUUCUCAAGGGAGAUUAUUCACAGGCAAAAGAGGUAUUCCUCACUCCUUUUGGCUCUGCUAGACUGAUGGCCCCUGAUCGGGCUCGUGAGCCAAACGCUGACUGUCCUGUGUGUGGGGUGUUCAAUGCUACCGUUACGGUUGAUCCUGCACAGACGACGUUGAACGAUAUCGUGGAGGGCUUGCUAAGAACCCACUUGGGGUUCGGCGAAAAAGAGUUUGUUUUGAAUAACGAGAUCGGAGUUUUAUAUGACCCAGAUGAGACAGAAAACCUACCGAAGAAGUUGGUAGAUCUUGGCAUCAAGGACGGUAGCUUCCUUACUGUGGUCGACGAAGAUGACGAACACCCUCUGGUCAACGUUGUUCUCAAUAUAGAAGAAGGUGCUCUAUCCAACGAUGCUAUUAAAUUCAAGUCGUCGACCGCUGCGCAACCUGCGAUUCCCCAGAAACCGAAGAAAGCACCACAGGUAGAGGCAAAUGGCCAUUCCGCUGGCGAGUCUAACGGAAUUGUUGAGAUCGAUUCCCAGUCAAAGGGUGUUAAACGGCAGCACACAGAAGAUGGGGGCCAGCCCUUGAAGAAAGCCAAGACGGGAGGUGCUUCUUCAGACGAUGUUGUUGUCAUCGAAGAUGCAGGUGGAGCCAUCAUUAUUGGCGAUGACUGA